AUGGAUCAGAAUGUUGAAGAAUUUUUGCAAUCUAACAAUAACUUCUUCCCAAUAAGGUACUCUUAUUCGGAUAUCAAGAAAAUUACGGGCGGUCUUAAGGACAAACUAGGUGAGGGAGGGUACGGUUCUGUGUUCAAAGGAAGACUUCGGAGUGGCUGCGAUGUUGCAGUGAAGAUACUGAAGAAGGGUAGAGCGAAUGGGCAGGACUUCAUCAGUGAAGUGGCUACCGUUGGAAGAAUUCAUCAUGUUAAUGUGGUUGGACUCAUCGGUUAUUGUUUCGAGGGCUCCAAACAAGCUCUUGUGUACAAUUUCAUGCACAAUGGGUCUUUGGAUAAACACAUUUUCUCACGAGGAGAAGUGACUUCCCUUGAUUGCAAGGAAGUAUAUGCAAUUGCUUCAUGGCACUCCGGUGUCUAUAGUUUUGGCAAAUUGUUGAUAGAAAUGGCUAGUGGGAGGAAGAAUUGGGACGCGAUUACAGCAUGUUCUAGUCAGACUACUUUCCUUUAUGGGCUCAUGAUCAACUUAGUCAAGGAUUGGAUGUGCUAG